AUGUCGGAGGGAGGAAAGAUUAAGCUGCGCACUGCAGGCGACUGCAUUUCUCGCCUUAGGUGGUCAGAAGAGGAAGAUUGUGGGCGCGUCUUGAUUGGCUAUGAUGACAGGAUCAAGGGCCCAAUGGAGAAAAGCGUCGCGGACUUCAAGUCCAUGGAUGAGGGAGGAGAUAUCCCGCAGCAUCGGAUACAGUACUUCAGGAGGGCUGCGGAGGAGGGCGCCCGAAUCCGCCCGAGCGAAAUGAAUAUGAUGAUUCUGUGGGAAAAGGAAGGCCGAAUAGAUCGCAUCUUUGGGUCAGGCAUGGGUCGGGAUGCCCCAGCUUCCGAGAAAACAAUUCAACAAGCGUUUGAUGCUAUUAUCAAUAUGCAGCGGAUUGCUGAAGAGCAGGAGAUCCGAAGACAGGAAAAGGCCAAGCAACGAGCCAGACGACAGCGGAGGGCAAGAAUACCGUUGCAACAGCAGCCAGGCGGCGUGGCUCAAUCACCCAUCCACACCACCGAGACAACCGGCGAUAGGCACGUGUGGUCCAACGAAAGUUGGUUCACAUUCUCAGGCGACGAAUCUUCGUGGACUGCUGGUGGCUUUGAGAAAUCAAAAGUCGCGCCAAAUAGUGGACCAGAACGGAAUCUGACCUGUGUGGCUUGGAACGUCCUCUUUGAUGAAUUCAAAGAAACUCGGCUGUUCGACGGUGACAACGCGAACGAACGUUGGGCACUGGCAAUCGUGAUCCUGGGGGCAGCCAAGGCUGACUUAAUCGCCCUCCAAGAAGUCACACCAGAGUUUGUGGAGCUUCUGUGCGGGGCUUCUUGGGUGCGCGAGGAAUAUGCUGUCUCUGUCGCGCCUGGAGCCACAAGUUGUGUUGAGCCUUUUGGUAACUUGCUCUUGUGGAGGCGGGACUCGCUGAAAGCGUUUUCCCCCGCUUUGGGUGUCUCGGUGCUUUCCGAUGGACCGCGCAAACGAGCUGUGGUUUCGUGCCUUCAAAGCGUCCAAGAUCCCACGGCGGUGUUCGUCUGCGCUUGCGUUCAUCUGCCAUGCGACGCCACCGGAGCAGACGAAGUGCGCCUUUCACGCGCAACUGCGCGACGACGAGAACUCAAUGCCAUCGCCGCAAAGCUCCAGUCGGUAGAACAACAACUAGCGUCGUCGCCCGCCCGCGCUGUUGUUCCCAUCGUAUUGGGGGAUUUCAAUUCGGAUGCAGCGGUGCAAGAGCUUGAGGAAGGCGGGUUCAUUUGGAAGAAUCAAAGGGGUUUCCUGGUCGAUUCCUGGCCUCUCGUAAGCAACGGCCGUGACGGAUUCACCUACGAUCCCGAUGAAAAUGAACGAGCAAGGCAUUCCGUUAGAGGCAAGCGCAGGAUCGACAGAGUGUUGGUUGGGUGUCGUGGGAAUGCGCCCAUGUUGAAUCCUUCCGACGGAAAGCUGCUCGGGGCCGAAUCCGGCAUUGAGGGCGUCCCCCCGCCAUCCGACCACUAUGGGCUCUCCGUCUCGUUCGGUUGGCAAACGAAGGCGCUUGCAAGAAGAGAUCGUCGUUGUCUUGCUGGGCAUAAUGGCUGGGCUGGGACUGUGUUGCCGUCGACUGAUACACUUCUAGCUGUCACAUUGAGCCAGCCCGACAUGCCUCUGUUCGACACCGAAUCGAGUCUUCCAGUGCCUCACAUCACACUAUUGAACGGGUUUGCGGAGCUGCUCUCAAUGGAAAGCCGCGAGCUCGCGACGAAGGCUGUGACCGAUGCCGUUGAAAGGUUUCUGGAAGCCACACAACAAUGUGAAAUCCCGUUUGAUAAGGAUUCUUUGACUGUCUUCGAGCAUCGGUCGUCUGCUUCUUUGGUGGCCAAAGCGGGAUGCAAAUGGCUUGAGUCUCUGUAUCAAUCCCUUCGCGCUGUGUUUCCCCUCUGUGAUGAACAAGAAAGUCGCUUUGUCGAUGGUUGGACUCCGCACGUGACCUUGGGCAAGUAUGGAACGGAAGCUGAGGCCCGGAACCAAGCGAACGGCUGGGUUUCGGAGGGUCUCUGGUUCCAAGGCACCCGCUCUGUGCCGGCAGAGGCAGUUGUCAUUUACCAACGCGACCCACGCGACCGCAAAUUCUACGCCGUGGCGACUGUUCCGUUGGAGAGGAAGCCCCGGAAUCUUCAGGCUUGUCCACCCCGUGAGUUCAUGAAUGAUGCUGGGGCGUCUCUCUCUUCGUAUUACUUGAAAAGCUCGACGCCCUUUUUCUCCACCAUCGAACGCGUUUGCCGGGACUGUAUUCGUGAGAUGUCCGGCCGCCAGUUGGAAGCCAGCCUCCGCAAGUACGGUUCCUGUAACUUCCACGCAUCUUUGCCCACGAUCUCGGAUAUCGAUGCCGUCGUCGAUGUGGCACCUCGUGCCGGUGUUGCUUCUGGCUUGCCGAAUCUCAGCGGCAGUGCCUUUUGGCAGCUCGUCGCAGCUCGUUUGCAAUCAAUCCACAAAAACGCGAAGAUCCGAUUGCGCAUCGCGGGAGCCAAUGGCACGGCCAUUCAGUUCCUCACUGUGAAAGUUUGCCCUCAGGCGCCCUCCGUCGAUCUUGUAUUGAAUCUGAGAGAUGCCAACGGAGAGCCCCUGAUGGGGUCGGCGGCGAGUGACAGCAUUGAAGACAGCCGACAAAUUUUGAACGAGCUCAGGGCCCAGGAACGUGGGAACGCUGUCGUCGUCGUCUUCGAAGGAGCCCUUCGUCUGCUCAAGUUGUGGGCCUUCCGACGCCAGAUCUACGGCGCUUCAGUGGGAUUCAUUGGUGGUGGAGGCUGGGCAUUGCUCCUUGCUCGUGCCAUGUGCAUAGGGUUGAACACUGGCGGUCUUGUGCUUGCAGUUGACGAGGGUGGAAGCAUCGGAGACGCAUGCCAGGAUGUUUUGUCCUAUUUCUUUGCAGAAAUGCUUCGGUCGUGGGAACAUGCCAUUUUCAAUCUACGCGAAGAAGCAACUACCGCCAGCGACGCUGCCAAGGACACUGUCAUUUCGCGUGGCACCAUUGCCGUGCUGGCCCCUUGCAGUGGAGAGAACUUUGCUCGCAAUGCCACCAGAUCAACCACGGCUACUAUGUUGAAGGAACUUCAAAGGGCCAAUGCCUUGAUCAAAACCGGCAGUUUCGAAGACUUGUUCUAUCCACUGAGUCAAACUGAAGUGCUGCAGGAGCAGACAUCAGUCUUCUUCUUGGAGGUAUCGAUCGGAAGGCUUGUCGCUCAGGGAGCGUGCCUGCCUGAGGUGAAGGCCUGGGCUGCUUGUCAAAUGUUGCAGGCGAUGGUGGCGUUGGAAAGAGAAUUGGGAGACGCGUCUGCGCUACGGCCCUUCUCCCGUCCUGUUCGGAUCAAAGGCAAGCUCUUGUACAUCGCGACGGUUGCUUCGGUGGGCGUAGAUCUCGAGCCUGUGCUACGAAAAAGACGGACUUGUCUGGAGCCGAGCGUGGCUGGUCUUUGUAGAAGGCAGAACCAAACGACGGAGGGGAACCCAUUUGUCCAGAUGAAUUUCUUGGCUGCUGAUGCCUUCCAGAACCAGUUCGGAGCGUAG